GUCAGUCGGAAGAUCGAACAUGUCGAAGAGUCACCGGCCGCGGCUGUGCAAACUCACCAUGAUCCAUCUGGAGAAUAGUCCUCACGAACAGUUCCCCAUUGACGUUCUGAGAGGUAGGGUCCCCAUCUCUUCCAAUUUCCAUUCUUCACUCUCUCAUCUGCUUCUUUAAGACGUACACAUUCCGCCAUCUCUCCAAAUAAAACCAAAGGGGGGAACCAAACACGGAACUAGAUCUCGAGCUCCGCCACCUGAAUUUCUAGAACAUCCGCAUCUCAGCGCAGGUUAUAUAUGAGCGCAUGCGCAUGAGAGAUCUAGAUUGCGUAGAUAGUGGGUGGAGCCACUAGAAAUUCAUUUGUCGUAAAUUUUGAUUGGCUAUAAAUUUAUAAUCUCGUAUUUAAGAACACAAAUCAUUGGUUCGUUGAUGAGGGGCUUUAAAUUUUAGGGAAAUUCCCGGAAGUGUACCGCGCUGAUUUGGAAGUUCAAAAUUUUAUCAUCGGGAUAGCGCCAUCAUCUCUAAAAUAAACCAACCAACCAAGCAGCGUGUGGUGUACGUGUAAAUCUACAAUUGCCAACCAGCUCGCCAGGCCAGGGACGCUCCGUUACUAGCCCGUGCCGGGCUGGCUCCGUAGCACAGCUCAGUCUCUGACCUGUCAGACAGUUAGUAGACAUUGUCUGUAGGCUAACUUGUUGUACCUUUUUUAGUUUCAAGGCUUCAGGCUCAGCUCAAUCUUAUUUAAGUGUGUCAAAGAUCAGAGAGAGAACAAUGGACAAUCAAGCAAUGAAGAAUCUUGGCUUUAAAAUAGGAGUAUCAUCUGCAAAAAUCUUGAGGAGAGCCCAGGAAUUGAACAGACUAAUCCAGUUACGCUGCAGUUCCUUGGCAUUGAAUGACUCUUGCCGUGCAGUAAUGUGUUUUGAAUUGGCGGCUACAGAACACAAACAUCCCAUUAACAAGGAUUUGGCUGUGCAACUCUCGGGUGUGAAUAAGAAAGUGUAUGCAAAUUCCUUCAAGACAUUACAGACGUUACUGGGCCUGAACCCAACUGUGACUAUCAGAGACCUUGCUGUCCAGUUUGGAUGUGUAGGAGUGAUUGAACACGCAAACCAAGUCCUCCAGAGCUAUCACAAAGAGUUUGAGGACAAGGUUUCUGAAGCUGCUAGAGAUGAUGUUGAUUUCAGCAAACCUCUCUUUACUGGUGCUGCACUAUACACCAUAUGCAAACGUCAAAAGAUUAAAGUGGACAAGACAAAGCUUGUAGAGAUGACUGGUGCAAGAAGAGGCACAUUUGACAAGCUGUGUGCUGAGAUGGAGAAACAUGCCACCCAGAUAUUUGGUGAAAAGAAGUCUAAACAAUCUAAAAGACAUCAUUCAUGGAUGGAUGACUUAGAGAAAUCUUUUGAAGAUGGUGCGAGUCUACCGAAGCAGUCUAAGAGCGAUCAGGAUAGCGGCAGUUCAAAGCAGGACGAUUAUGAGGAAUGGAAGAGGAGAAUUCUUGAGGGCGUACCUGACACCAACAAGUGAAAUGCUUCUUACCGUAAAAAAACUGAUUCAAGGGUCUCUGGCAUAUUGCUCAAGAGACCAUGGCUGUCGUAUGCUAGGAACGAACGAUAUUCUUGGGACUCAUGCUGCCACACCCCGAUUAUCAUCCUAACGUUACCUUACAUGUAAUCUCCAUCUGCAAUACAAACCCACUUUAGAUUGGCAGAUUCGUGAUAAAUAACAUGUGUGACUAGUUGAGUUUCAGCGUUGACGUCUUCAACAAGUACAGCACAGCAAAACACUAGCCGCCAAUAAAAAUGAUGAAGAAAUAUCAUGAGUUGUGUCGUAACAAAUUCCAUCUGUGAUUUAACAACUCUUGCAACAUUUUUCAUGCCUCCACCCACUGUUGUUGGUUGUAGUAGGUAGACUAGGUGUUCUGAUUGGGGGUUUUCUGUCCACCUUCCCAUUGUCAUUCUUGCAACAACUAAGAAAACCGUUCAAUAGAUCAUGUGGAUCAUAUUCUUGCAAUAACUGAAGAACAGCUCUAUGGAUCAUGACUGCUCAUAUGAGUCAUGUUUGUUUAUGGUAGCAAUGAUGGUCUGAUAAGAUUUUGGAUUCAUGAGGUCAAAAGUUGUAGAGGUCAUUAUACCUGUUCUCACGAUAAUUGGAGAGUUAUUUGAGGGAUCGUCAAUCUUGGUCCAUGUGUAUGCAUAUUCUAGGGACAAUGAUCUGAGUACAUUUGGGGUCAUGAGGUCAAAGGUCACAAUGGGUGUCUGUACCUGAAAUUAUCACUGUCUUGUGAUAAUUUGAAGAAUCAUUUGAGUGAUCGAUUUCAAACUUGGCUGAGAUAUGUGCGACUAUGAUCUGAGUAUAGUUGGGGUCAAUGGUCACAAGGGGUCAUUAUUUGAAAAUUUCAGAAGUUAGGUGUGAAAAAUAUUCUUGUUUCGGCUAUGGAGGAGGCAUAAACAUUGACAGUGUGUAGUCGGAAAACAUCUGGUUUUAGUCAUAUUGUCUAUCUUUAGUGGAACAAUAAGCUUAAUAAGUACAAACACAGGUGUCAUAACAUUUCAUUUAGCUACAGUGAUAGUCAAUGAGGUAGAACCAAGUUAUUUUUACAGAAAAUUAUGUUUCAAAGAAAUGAAAAUUUUGUGGGUUCCUUGUUCUAGUUUAAUGAUGAAAUGAUAGAGCUCAUUGUGGUUAUUCAAGAAUUGAAAAAAUUAUAUAAAGAACUGAUAUCCAAAAUAAUUUUUAAACAAUUGUUUAUUCAUAGUAAAGACUGAGGCCUGUCAGGAACAAUUUUCACAAAAAAUCUGUACUCAAAGUAACCAUGGUUACUUUUAGUUAACCUUUGGCUAACUCAGAACACACUUUUAUGGAGUAUUUUUAAAUUGUCAACUUAAUUCACUGGGUAAAUAUUAUUCUAAUCCUGUGGUUGUCAAAAACUUGUAAAGAAUUAGUUGUGUCAUGAAAUGAGAAUAGGAAAAUACAAAAAUACAAUGAAUUUGAAUUAAUUGGUUUAAUAUGUUUGCCAUGAAGAAGCAUGAUGAAACCCAGCAAUAGCAUCCAUAGAAGUGUGGUUCAAUAUUCUAGUCCAGACUAGGGUUAAAGCUAGGUUUGAAAAUUAGAAUACCACCCAGUCUUUAAAUAGUCAGUUGUUAGAAUAAAACAAACAUACCAAAGAACACAAAGGAAAUGUUAUUGAGCCAUCCUUUAUUAAAAUUGUCCAUUGUACCUUAAUUAAAUUAUAUGCAAUUUGAUUUUGGUAUUGCAAUUUUAAACUCUUCUGGCUUAUGUAGACAUGGUACUUUAAUAUAUGUAUCAUGUUUGGUAUCAAAAUAAAGAAUAAAAGCUAUACUAUUAUGUUAUGCUGAAAGUAAGAUAUUAGAAAUCAUUUGUCUGGGCUGGGAAAAAUGGCUUGGAAUCCUGAUUUUUGUCAUGCCUGCAACAAACUGUGGCCAUGUUGGGGGUAUUUGUGGAAUUGUCAUCAUAACUUUAAAAAUGUAUGGAUAUAGGUCAUAAAACUUGGACAUAUAAGCAAUAAAGUAUCCCUGAAUAUCCUGUACGAAUUUCAGGUUAUAUGACCAUGGUUGAAGUUCAUAUAGGGCCAACAAACUUUAGCCAUGUUGGGAGUAUUUUUUUAAAUUACUAUCAUAACCUUGAGAGUUUGUGGAUCUAUUUCAUGAAACUUAGACAUGAGAGUAAUCAAGUAUCAUUGAACAUCCUUUGUGAGUUUCAGGUCACAUGACCAAUGCCAAAGAUUUAAAGGUCAAUGAACUUUGGCCAUAUCUUUGGUUAUUGUUGAAUUGCCAUCAUAACUUUGAAAGUUUAUGGAUCUAAUUUAUGAAACUUGGACAUAAGAGCAAUCAAGUAAUAUUGUUUUGCACGAGUCUUAGGUCACAUGAUCAAGGUCAAAAGUUACUUAGGGUGAACAAGUAUAGUCCUUUGUUGUCAUAUGAAUGGUGUUUUUGUGAAUAACUAUUCAAUAGUCAAUUCAAUAGUUUUCUAAGUUAUCACUGCUGCUAUAUUGAAUCGCACAAUGCAGGCGAGACUGCCAGAGGCGUUCCACAUGUUUCAAAAGCCAUCGCUCAAUAUAUUCAAGAGAAGAAAACUACUUCUAUAUAAAAAAGAUUAAAGAUACUUUCAAUGUGUUA